GUGGUAAAAAUGAUGAUUGUUGUUGUGCUGACAUUUGCCAUCUGCUGGCUGCCCUACCACAUUUACUUCAUAGUUACUGGGAUCUAUCAACAAUUAAAUCGAUGGAAAUACAUUCAGCAAAUCUAUUUGGCCAGCUUUUGGCUUGCCAUGAGCUCUACGAUGUACAAUCCCAUCAUCUACUGCUGCCUUAAUAAGAGGUUCCGAGCUGGCUUCAAGAGAGCUUUCCGCUGGUGCCCCUUCAUUGAGGUGACCAGCUAUGAUGAACUGGAGCUCAAGGCAGCCAGGUUUCAUCCCACCCGGCAAAGUAGCCUAUACACUGUGUCCAGAAUGGAGUCCAGCAUGACAGUGGUGUUCGACACUAGUGAUGGAGACAACACCCACGCCAGCCGUAAGAAAAGAGCAGCUCCGAGGGACACGAGUUUCAAUGACUGUUCACGGAGGAAUUCCAAGACUGUCUCCACAGCCUCAAGUCUCAUCAGUUCACUGCACACAUCAGUAGAUGAUUAUUCCUAA